UGGUGUGCCGGGCCAGGAUGAGGAGGACUAGGUAGACAGACAUGACACCUCAGGUGCUACUGGUUGGCCUACUGUACAUUGUGACGGUAUCGGCUCUGCAGUACUACAUGACUGUGUGUCUGUUACAGUGGUCGGAGUGUCAGUGUAAGGUGGUGUGCCGGGCCAGGAUGAGGAGGACUAGGUAGACAGACAUGACACCUCAGGUGCUACUGGUUGGCCUACUGUACAUUGUGACGGUAUCGGCUCUGCAGUACUCUUCACAAUGGGCAGUUCACAUCGAGGGCGGCCAGCAAGCAGCUGACGACAUCGCGGCAAGGCACGGCUUCACCAUCCUUGGACAGAUUUUCCCAGACCUGUGGCACUUCGAACACCAAAAGAUCGCCAAGCGCUCCAUCGACCCUAGUCCGGACCACCAUACCAAUCUAGUCAUGGAACCUAAAGUUAAGUGGGCUAAACAACAAAUAAUAAAAUCAAGAAGAAAAAGAGACUACCUGCCUCUAAACAGCGAAGAAACAUCUUUUUACCUAAAUGAUCCAAGGUGGAUGCAAAUGUGGUAUUUGCAUCGGGGGAAUGGUUUGGACAUGAGCGUGUUGGGUGCCUGGAAGGAAGGAGUCACGGGGAAAGGAGUUGUAGUCACCAUACUGGACGACGGGCUUGAAAAAGACCAUCCUGAUCUCAUGAAAAACUACGACCCUCAAGCCAGUUAUGAUGUAAACAACAGGGAUGACGACCCGAUGCCGCGCUAUGACCUCAUAGACUCCAACAGACACGGUACGAGAUGUGCUGGGGAGGUGGCUGCUACAGCAAACAACUCUCUGUGUGCAGUAGGGGUUGCAUACGGAGCCAGCGUUGGUGGUGUAAGGAUGCUGGAUGGGGACGUGACUGAUGCUGUAGAAGCUAGAUCCCUCAGCCUCAACCCUCAACACAUAGACAUCUACAGUGCCUCAUGGGGUCCUGAUGAUGAUGGCAAAACUGUUGAUGGCCCUGGGGAGUUAGCCAUGAGAGCAUUCAUCGAAGGUGUUACCAAGGGACGCUCGGGCAAAGGGUCAAUAUUUGUGUGGGCGUCGGGUAACGGUGGAAGAGACAGUGACAACUGUAACUGUGAUGGAUACACAAACUCUAUCUGGACAUUGUCCAUCAGCAGUGCUACUGAGAAUGGACUGGUGCCUUGGUACUCUGAGGCCUGCUCUAGCACACUGGCAACUACGUACAGUAGUGGGUCUUCAGGGGAGAGACAGGUGGUGACUACAGACCUGCACCAUCAGUGUACCAGCAGCCACACUGGUACCUCAGCUUCGGCGCCCCUCGCUGCUGGGAUCUGUGCUCUAGCACUGGAGGCCAACAGAGCUCUGACCUGGCGUGACAUGCAGCACAUUGUCGUAGCUACGGCGCGACCAGCCAACCUGCGUGCGCCUGACUGGACUGUGAAUGGCGUAGGGAGGAACGUGAGCCACUCCUUUGGCUAUGGCCUGAUGGACGCCACAUCAAUGGUCAGAGUAGCCAGAACUUGGCAAACAGUUCCUGAACAACACAAGUGCGAAGUAUCUGCUCCACAUAUCAACAAGGGUAUUCCUCCAAAAGGUACUCUUAGCCUCAAGUUGAAUGUUAAGGAAUGUACUGGAGUCAACUAUUUGGAACAUGUACAGGCGAAGAUCACAUUGAUGUCUCAGAGAAGAGGAGACCUCCAGAUUCAACUUACAUCUCCAGCUGGUACAAAGUCCACCUUGUUAGCACGGAGACCUCAUGACAUCUCCAGAGCUGGGUUUGACUCUUGGCCAUUCAUGUCAGUGCACACUUGGGGUGAACAACCCUUCGGAGUCUGGCAGCUGGACAUACACAACGAGGGACGUUACUUAGGGCGUGCAACCCUUCAUGAAUGGGCUUUACUAUUUUACGGAACAGAAACCCCACCUAACUACCUUCCACCCUUCGCUCCACCCUACCCAGUCAAUCUUCCACCUCCCCCUCGUAAAAACAAGAAUAGGAAAAAUAAAUCUGGCAGCACCACAUCAAAGCCUUGGAAGAGUUCCACGAAGGAAAACAGGCCUUUUAAAAAGCAACCAGUCACUUCUUCGCCUCCUCGCAAAACUGCCAGACCCUCUGUAAUCUCUGCUCGCAGACCUACUACUGCUCCUGCUACUAAACCUCCCCUCCAAGCUACUAGUUCUACUGGUCCUACUGCUCCUGUUAGCCUUAUCCUGUUAGCUCCUGCUCUUCAACCAUCAAAUCUGUCUCCUCCACUUUUUCCUGCAAUUUUCCAAAAGUACCACAAAGUGCAGCAGCUCUACCCUUACUCCAGACUUUAUGAAAGCCCGCCUCGACCUGCAAAGAAAGGAGUAUCUCAAGGAGAUCCUAUGGAAGCUAAAUCUCCAGGUCAGCUGAUUGACUGGCAGGUCAUCUUCUAUGGGACAGACACUCCACCACAAACAUCAGCUCUCACUCCCUCCCCCCCUGUGAGACCUACAACAUCCAAGCCCAGCAACAGCUGGACUGACGUAAAGACUUUAGACAGAUCGAAAAUCAACUCGGAUUUUCGUGAUCAUAUGUCGGAUAUCUCUGGCUGUAAGAAAACGACAGAAACUUGCCUAGUCUGUGACAUAGGAUGGAGGUUAGCUGAAGGGUUUUGUCAUCGCCAAUGUCCUGAAGGAUUUUACCCAGAACUUCCUGAGGCCAACAUCGCUCGAAAGUCUCCCCAAACCCAAGCUUUUUGUGCUCGCUGCCACUACAGCUGCAGAUCCUGCUCAGGACCAAACGACUACCAAUGUACCCUGUGUUUCGGGGAUGCACUUCUAGUCUCCUCAGAUCAGGAGACAUACUGUUAUCCACGUUCCUUAGCAACAGCUGUAGACAUUAGCAAGUGGUACUACUGGACUUGUGUUGGCCUUGGACUUAACAUUCUUCUACUCCUUGGUUUUUCCUGUUACCUUUACUGCAAUGGUCGCGGGUGUUCUGUCAGAAAACCUCAAAUGUCAGUUACAUUUACCAAGAAGGCUUCAUCUGCUGAAGCAGCUGUUCUCUACGACUUGGCCAGAGCUGAGAGUGAUUCAGACUGAUUUUAAAGUCAAGAU